UCCCAUCGGAGGCCUUUUUUCCUCGUCCUUUGGGGAAGGGAUCCCAUGAUUUCGACUCGGGGGUCCGCAAUGUCAUUCGAAGAGACCACCAGCCGGAGGAGGAAGAAGCGGCACAUGAUGCUGGUCUUCUACUGGGUGAAGAAGAAGAAGGCGGCAGCGGUAGAGGAGGAGAAGAGCGUGACCCCAGGACCAGACUGCGGGGCCCCCCACACCCCGCCUUACUUCACCCGCAGCAAACGGCACGGCACCCAAAGACCCACAACCCCGUCGCCCCCCACCGAAGAGACGACCCUGUGCCCCUUCGCCUCCACCUCGGCCAUCGAGGACGUGAUCCAGAAAAGACCUCGGCAGAAGCCCCAGCAGAAGCCCCGGCAGAAGCCGAAGAAGAGGAAGAAGCUCCGGAAGAAGAGGAGGAAGAAGAAGGACAAGACACUAUCAUUGACGACUUCCACCCGGAUAUUGAGAUCCGCGUCCAAAGCCCUUUCCUUGUUGCCUUUGCUGGACGAGGAAAUUGGAGCCGAAUUGAAAGAGAACCCCUUGAAUUGUCCUCUGGAUCGGGAGGAGUUGGGCAGGAAUUCCUGGUCCUUCCUUCAUACGAUGGCGGCUUACUACCCCGACCGGCCCAACAAAACUGAGCAGCAGGAAAUGAUCCAGUUCAUCAACCUAUUCUCCAAGGUUUUCCCUUGUGAGGAAUGCAGAGAAGAUUUUAGGAAAAGGAUACAACAGAAUCAGCCCGAUGCCUCCAGCCAGCGCAAUCUGACGCAGUGGUUUUGCCGGAUCCACAACGAGGUGAACCAGAAACUGGGAAAGCCCGAGUUUGACUGUUCCCUCGUUGACGAGCGCUGGCGGGACGGAUGGAAAGACGGCUCCUGCGAUUAGAAGAACUUGAGAGACUAUUGGAACUGGAUCAAAGGAUCUAUCUAUAUAUUUUUUUAAUGAAAAACCCAAGAAAAUCAAGUCUGACAUGGACCCAAAGCAGGGAAGUAAAAUCAUAGCUGUUUACAUUCAUCUCCCUCAUUUCAGCUGCUAGAAAGAGAUCUCAUUGUUCCGCCUUCUGAGCCAGACCAUGCAAAAAGGGACAGAACUAUCCUCCUAUUUUGAAAAUUCUUUUUACCUUUAAGAAAGUGUGUGCUGUUUUUUUUCUUUUAAUGUUCUGAUCAUAUCAGACUGGCCCUUCUCUCAUGUAACAGUACAGUAGGAGGUUGGAGAACAUUUGGGUAGACCUUAGGCCAUGCAUUUGCAAUGUUUGUGCCAAACUCAGAAGUCUGGGGCUACAAAACAUUCAGAGCUGCAGGUCAAAUUGCAUCCACAGAACAAUGGGAUUAUAACUUAGCCACAUAUUGGAUUCAUGUAACUUGGACUUCAGGGACCCCAGUUUGCAUCUAACUGGAGUUUUCCAUUUUACCUGAAUAUUGAAAUUUGUGGUUUGGAUAAAUGAUUAUUACACAACUAUAGUUGUCAUCUAUAAGAUUAUCUUUUGAUACUCGGUUUGUGACCUCUGUUUCUGCAUUCGCUGCCGCUCCUGCCUUGACUAGUAUUUCAAAAUCAUUACAAUCAGUUUGAUAAACUGGCAGAUUGUGGGCAUCUGGUUAAUGGGUUUAAGUGAGUAAUUGUUGAAUUAUUGUUUUGAGGCAUUUCUAAUAAUUUGCAUAGGCCUCCUUUAGCUGCAUUUUCUUGCCAUGUAAACCUAGGGAUUACCCUGCAAAGACAUUGCAGCGGAAGUGAGAAAUGGGACACAUUGAUGCCCCGAUGCAAAGACUUGGUGUGAUUUUUAGGGGGUCAAAGCACUGACUUAGAUAGUAUAAAUUUCUGUCAUUUCCAUCCAUCCAUCCAUGGAAGAAUGAAGAACACAAGGGCUGGAGACUUCUGGCAAUCUGUGCAAUUAAUCUUCAUACUACAUUGAUUGGGAUCCUUUCCAGGCUUGGUAAUGUUGAGUUUUGGAAUGCAGGUCUUAAGAGUCCUAAAAAGUAACUUCCCCAAGGUCCAGUUAAGAGCAGAUAAUGUCUAGUCUCGAACAGUAACCUUAUGGACUGUAUGUUGCUCAAGCUGGGACUGGAGAUGGUACAAUUCAGUGAGACAUCUGAAUAUUUCUGUAAUUCUGCUAGAAUUAAGAUAGCCGAUGGGGAGAAUGUGUGUAAAACUACCCAACUGGAGCCAUGUUUAAUACAUAAAAAUAGUCCAUAAUCCAACUCGUAUUAAUGACUUCCUUGCCAACGUUGGAUGCAUUUUUCAUGAUGGAAAUCUUGAAUUUUGCAAAUAAAAGAACCAUAAUCUGUAAUUUUUUUCCGUAAGCAUUUCAUGAUGAAGAAUACGAAUUGUUUGAGAGCACUCUGUGAAGGUGAUGGUAAAUAAAGUGUGUGUUGGUGGCCAAAGAAUAAAAAGGGAAAUUUGA